AUGGCUGCUUACAAUGUUAUUUUGUCCCGAUUGUGGGGAUUUUACGUGACAAACACCGUGGUCACCGGUUGCUUGAUCGCAAGCUGCAAUCCAGACAACACGAGCUUGCUGUAUGCUUGGUUGGUUUCCUUAUGUGACUUAGUUUACAUUACAGACGCACUUGCAAGGUUUGGAAAGCGAGUCUACAAAACAGUUAUUGCUGCAAAUGUGGCAUUGUUUAACCGUAGAUCACCUCUCACUAGCUGUGAGAUGUUUGUAAUUUUGCUUAAAAGUUUGACGCUUGUUCCGUACCAUGCAAUGGUAUUUAAGGAGCUGGAUGAUUCCUGGUUUUAUUCGGCUGUGUGCGCCCUUCGCAUAGCAGUUCUGUUAUCAUCUGGAAGAUUUUAUGUGAUGAAAGCAAUUUUGAAAACAAGAGAACAGCGACAACUUAAAGCUGCAGAGAGGGAGAUACCACCACGGGAUAGAAUGAACACAAAUAUGAACUGUUCGAAGCAGGUCAAUGAGAAAGAGAUCUCAGAUUACAACAACAACCAAAAAAGAAGUAAGGGCUGGCAAAUUUUUGAAGAAUAA